ACUUGUGGCUUUCCAAUGGCACCAACAAUAACUCAGCGCCUCCACCUCACACACCGCAUUCCCGCUGAUGCCGCCCCGGUCUGGUUAUACAGUAAGGCUUCCGGUGAGGGAGUCGCUGAUUUUGCCCCAGAGCCAAAGGCUUCCUGUUCCAGAGCAGUGGCAACAAGGACUGCGAAAAAAAUGUCUGAACUUCCUUAUGCACUGAUGUCCCACCGUGGGGGUACCUCUGGAUUUCCAGAACAGUAUGAGCCAGUUGUGAGAAAGCACUUCCAAAUUGUGUAUCUUGAGGAAUUUCUGAAUAAUAAAACUGUAUUUGCCCCAAAGAUUAAAGCUAUUCUGUUGUGGUGGCACAAGCCUACAGUCAACAAAGAACUUCUCGAGUCACUUCCAAACUUAAAAGUAGUUGGAAGUUCAGGAGUUGGGGUUGAUCACAUGGAUCUAAAGCUUAUCGCAAGCUAUGGUAUUAAAGUGACCAACACGCCUCGUGUGGGAAACGAUGCCACUGCAGACUUGGGAAUGGCUCUCAUGUUGGCUUCUGCCAGAAAUAUUGUGGAAGUCAACAGGAUUUUAUGUUCACCUGAAACCAAGGAGUUUGAUGUGAACUGGGUGGGCGAUGAUAUUACAGAGGCUACACUGGGCAUUAUUGGCAUGGGAAACAUUGGCUAUAAUAUAGCUCUACGAGCAAAAGCAUUCAGAAUGAGGAUUCUUUACCACAACAGAAAGAGGAGAGAUGUAAAAGAAGAGAUGGAAGUGGGUGCUGUGUACUGCAGUUCCAUAGCGGACUUGCUCCAGCAAUCUGAUUUUGUUAUGAUAGUUGUGGAACUCAGUCCAGAGACUUAUAAACUAAUUGGGAAAAGGGAACUUCAACUGAUGAAGCCAACGGCAACCCUGAUAAAUAUCAGCAGAGGCAAAGUUGUUGACCAGGAUGCCUUAGUGGAGGCCUUAGAAAAUGGAACUAUUAAGGCUGCCGCUUUGGAUGUCACAUACCCUGAGCCACUGCCACGAAAGCAUCCUUUGCUGACAAUGAAGAAUGUGAUUUUAACACCCCAUAUCGGAACUGCCUCUGACAAAACGAGGAGGAAAGUGGCAGAAAAGUUUGCAGCAAAUGCAGCUGACAUAAUAAAAGGAUUAACCAUAGAAGAUAUAGUGACAAUGCCAUGACAUUUUUUGUGCAGUUCAAGUAUACAGAAUUGUAAAACAAUGCAUUAAGUGAAGCAAAAAUGAAUAAAACUAGUGGUGCAAACACAGAGGAAAAAA